AUGCAAGUUCAGUUCAGGGAGGUGGACACUUUCAGCCUAUGGGUAUGGUUUGAGCUUCACCAAAGCCCCUCAGAGGAAGACCUGGAGCUUUUGGAUGCCGUCCUGUCGUCAUGGUUCAUGAUUGGCCGACUGGGAGGUUACAACACCAUGAACCUGCAGGCCAUGUAUGCAGGAAAUGAAACAGUCAGCUUCAUGAAUUAUGAUCACGAGCACAGCGACUCAGCUUUCCAGGCCACAUUCCAUGAUAUGGGCUCACUUGAGCACAAAGGCAAGUGGUGCCGCUGCUGGUUCAACCUCGGCACAGCAGACGAAUUAGCUCUAGAUGUGCUGAUAAAUGCGCUCAUAAACUUCAGUCGUGAGAAUGUUGGCAUAACGCAUUGCUUCAUUGGCGGAGUUAACAAAGAAUGGCCUGUUCCCACCAUGCAGGUAAGCGUUGUUUGA